CAAAAAACGUAUAACAGAUACAGGGAAGAAAAAAAAAAGCAGAACAGAAAAAGCUGAAAUUUCGUUUUUCUGAGAGAGGGAGAGAGAGAGACAGAGAGAAAGAGGAGUCAAAAUGAACGACGCAGAUGUAUCUAAGCAGAUCCAACAGAUGGUCAGAUUUAUCCGACAGGAAGCAGAGGAGAAAGCCAACGAGAUCCUAGUCUCUUCCGAAGAGGAGUUCAACAUUGAGAAAUUGCAACUGGUUGAAGCCGAAAAGCGAAAGAUUCGACAAGAGUACGAACGCAAGGAAAAACAAGUUGAAGUUCGCAAGAAGAUCGAGUAUUCGAUGCAGCUAAAUGCAUCCCGCCUUAAAGUUUUGCAAGCCCAAGAUGAUCUCGUGAACAUGAUGAAGGAUUCUGCAGGCAAGGAGCUUCUGAAGGUUUCUCAAGACAACAAUGCUUAUGGGAAGCUUCUCAAGGGUUUGAUUGUUCAGGGUCUGCUACGGCUGAAAGAGCCAUCAGUAUUGUUGCGCUGCAGAGAGGCUGACAGGGGACUCGUGGAGUCUGUUUUGGAAGCAGCAAAGAAAGAGUAUGCGGAGAAAGCAAAAGUUCAUUCACCUAAAGUUACCGUUGACCACUCUGUAUACCUUCCUCCUCCUCCAAGCCAUCAUGAUACCCAUGGUCGUUUCUGCUCAGGAGGGGUCGUGUUAGCUUCUCAAGAUGGGAAGAUUGUCUUCGAGAAUACACUGGAUGCUAGAUUGGAGGUCAUUUUCCGACAGAAACUGCCCGAGAUCCGAAAACGUCUUUAUGAAAAUACGGCCGCAUGAUCAGAUCAUUGUCCUCUCAAUUCACAAUAAGAUACCAGGUUUUUCUUCUUGCCGGUCUACAAUGUUUAUGUUGCUUUGAAACCUCUCAAAGAGCUUCUAAUAACUGAGAGAUGACCAAGUGUUAGAGAUUACAGUUUUUUUCUAAUAACAACUUAUCUAUUGUGGAGA